AUGGUUCGCAACACUACGUCCCUGGGGGGCACAGCGUCUGACGUGACGAUCGGGAGGAUCGGGCAUGGCUUAAUGAUGAUGACAUGGAGGGGGAAGACCGACGCCCUCUCUGAUGAGGAUGCCUUCGACGCCAUCAAGUCCGGCAUUGACGCUCUCCCUCCUGGCGUGAAGAUGAUGCUCAACAGCGGUGAAUUCUACGGCCCAGAUAUGUCCACCGCGAACCUCGAGCUCGUCGCGCGAUUCUUCGAGAAGUACCCCGAGUACGCUGACCGGACGUUCCUCUCCGUUAAGGGUGGCGUGAAGUACCGCAGCUUCGCCGUUGACUCCUCGCCGGAGAAUCUCAAGCGCAGUAUCGACGCGAUAAACGCAGCCCUACGCGGGACCAAGCACCUGGACUUGUUUGAGUCUGCACGCGUCGACUCGAACAUCCCCAUCGAAGAGGCCGUUCGGACGCUCUCGGGGUACGCGAAGGAUGGUCUGUUCGACCACAUCGGGUUGUCUGAGUGCAGCGCUGAGACGCUGAGGCGGGCGUACGCGGUGCACCCCAUUGCGGUGGUGGAGAUUGAGAUCAGCCCGUGGUCCUUCGAGGAAGAGACCAAGAAAGUUAUCGCGACGGCACAGGAACUUGGCGUCGCCAUCGCCGCCUACUCUCCAUUAGGCCGGGGCUUCCUAACUGGGAGCAUCAAGAGCCGGGACGACCUCGCCGAGGGCGACGUCAGGCGAAACUUGACCCGCCUCAAGGAAGAGAACCUCGCACACAACCUCACGCUCGUCGAUGCGCUCAAAGCGAUCGCGGAAAAAAAGGGCGUGACUCCUGCGCAGCUGAGCCUUGCGUGGGUCUGCUCGCUCGGCCCCCACAUCGUGCCCAUUCCUGGGUCCUCGAACAAGAAGCGCACGCUGGAGAACCUCGCCGCGGGCGACGUCACGCUCACGGCUGAAGAGAAGGCCGAGAUCGAGGCGGUCAUCGCGGGGCAUGAGGUCAAGGGGGAUCGCUACUAUGGCGACCCGAAGGCUGCGCACCUGUGGGGAUGA